AUGACUUCACGUCCACCUGCUCCCUCCCCUGAGAGAUCCAUGACUUUACUGCCUCCGACGCUCGUUCAGUCCAGUCUGGGCGAGAAGUGUGCAGUCUACCUCGAUCACGUCACCGACAAUCUCCCUCUUCAUCUGCAGUCCCUCCGCCUCCGCCUGGACCCCAUUCUCACCUACCUGUCCUCCUCACCCCUCGGGCCCCUCGCGCAAAAGCUCCCUGUCGCCGCCGAAGACCAGCCACUUGCGCUCCUCGCUGCUGUUAUCGUCUGCCUGUUAACUGUCGCCGUGAUGAGUUGGCGCAAUCCCCUCAACUUUUUGCGCCGCUCGCCGAGCUACGCUCCCGCCUCUAACCCACAAGUCAACGACGAGCAUUUCAGCUACAUCACCCCAGGGGACAUCGUCGAUCCUCCAGCGGACGACGCAGAGCCGGAUAUUAUUGCGCUCCGCCACCGUGGCACCAUCUACCCAUUGCACUUCCGCGCAUACGCAAUUGACGACGGCGUCUUGACCGUCGGAGACCUGCGGGAGCAGGCCGCCGUGAAGACAGAUGCCGAAUCCCCAGAUCGCGUCAGACUGCUUUACAAGGGCAAGUUGUUGAAAGACAACAAGCGAACAUGCAAAGCCGAAGGGCUAAAGCAGCACUCGGAGGUGCUGUGCGUUGUGUCGGAAGUCGGCGCAAGCGACAUCUCCGACGACAGCGGACACAAUGUUGCGAUGGGAGUACCGGCGGCACCAGCACCAGGAUCGACACAGUCCCGUCCCACCAGCGCCGAAGCAUCAUCACCCCCCACACCUACGGGCAAGAGCAAGAAGGGACGUAAGAACAAGCGCAACAAGAAGCCGGCUGCAGAACCCACACCUCAGCCGGUUGAUCUCUCCUCCAACCCCGCGCCAGUACCAAACAUCAAGCAAAUCCGCAAUCCCUUGGACCAGGUCAACGCAUUGGCCGGAUGGCUUCGGCAGGAAAUGAUCCCGCGAUGUGACCAGUACGCCGCGGACCCACCGAGCGACCCCAAGAAACGGGAUUAUGAAUAUAAGAAACUGAGCGAGACUAUCCUCGCACAGGUCAUGCUGAAGGCGGAUGGGAUCGAGCCCGACGGCGAUCAGACGGCCCGCGAGGCGCGCCGUGCUCUGAUCAAGGAGGCGCAAGCGGCUCUGAACAAUCUCGACACCAUUUCUAAGCUGUAA